UCGUCCGCGUGUUUCGUUAACGUUAGGUUAUGUUCACAGUUAGAUUAGGUUAGAUUACUUUGUAUUCUUGAGAACAGAAUUAGCGAUUAUGCUUGUACCGUAGAGCAGUUUCCCAGGAGUACGAAGAUGUUGCUGUUGAAACGUGGACUCGAGGCGAGCCUCGCGCAAAACCUUCCGAGAGCGUCGAGGCCGCUCGUGGCAUAUUCCUCGGAGCCGAGCGGAUCGGAACAGUUCCGAGUGCUGGAGCUUUAUUCCAAGUAUAAAAAGGUCGUGACGGAGAAGCGGAAAGCUGUCAAGGUGAACGUCCCACCGCCCAGGACGGCGCAGAUGCCCGUUGACCAGGACUGGCCGUCGGUCUGGCCGGGCGCGCGAACCUUCCACCCGGGCUCCGUGCCGCUACCGUUGCGCCAGGGCUGGGUGGAAAAGGGCGCGCCGCCCGGCAAGUACCACAACGCCGAGCUCCUCAAGAUCCCGAAUUUCCUGCACCUGACGCCACCGGCGAUACGGCGGCACUGCGAGGCGCUCAAGCAGUUCUGCACCGAGUGGCCCAUCGGCUUAGAAACCGAGGAGAAGUGCGCGAGGCACUUUCCCGUCGAGAUCGUCACGUCCGACUACUGCUACUCCUCGCCUACCAUACGCGACCCACUUGCCAGGAUUGUGAGCUUGCGAGUGCGGCUGUCCUCUCUUCACUUGGACACCCACGCCAAGGACAAGCUGCUGCGAUUGCUGGGAAACAAGUACAAUCCGGAGACCGAUGUGAUAACGAUCACGGCCGACAGAUGCCCGACUAAGAAGCAAAACCUGGAGUACGCGCGGUACCUUCUCACGGCGGUGUACCACGAGUCGUGGAGGGUAGAGUCGUGGGAGGCUGAGAAGUCGGUGGCAGACAUGGAGUACUUUGACUGGGACAUCAGCCCGAGUCGUACGAGUCUGGUGACGCUGUACAAAUGGCCGGAACCGCCGACCGAUAACGAUUACGAGACCAUUCCGCAUGUGACGGAAUACAAAAUCGCUGUGUCAGACCUGAUAAACAACGGCGAGGACCAGUACUCGGUCAACAAGUACAAGGAAGCGGUUAAAAACUUGUUAAGUCUUAAAAGCGAUAAUAAAGGUUAAGCGUUGUAAAA